AAGGUUAUCAGUAAAGUAAAUUCAAAGACACAUCAACAUAAUGGCCUUAGUAGUUGUAGCUCAAGUAGAGUUGGAGCCAGCUUCUCCGCUGGAGAAGGGGCUAAAAGGAGAGGUGGCUUCAGACAGAGACUCUGGCCACUGGUCUGAAAUUGCUAGCUGCCUACCGUUCGAUGGACUCACUGACGACGAGCUAACAUCAGAGUGUGGCAACGCUAGUAGCAGCAGCAGCAGGAACAGCAACUCUCGCCGCUCGUCCAUUAAAGAAGACGAAGAGACAGAAGUAGCAGCCGGGGUGAUACCUCCAGCACCUCCAAUUCCAGACAAAUGGACCAAAAUCAUUGAGGAUCUAAGAUCAGAAAGCCCCGAGACAGUUAGAGGCCUGCCUUUAUCUGCACACGAACAGGCUUACCUCGGUCUCAGUCUCUACGACAGCAUGCCAUCUCUCCACGAUCCGCUAGGAUUAGGGCAUCGUACUCGGGAAUUAGGUGAGCCCGAGAUAAAGGAAGACAAUAUCUGCAUAGUGUGCUUUGAUCCAGAGAUAAUCAUAUCCGAGGAAGAGUGGACGGAGUGGGAUUGGAACCCUCAGAUCAUCCGGGUCUCCUCUCACAAGAAGCUCCCCUGCUGCAAGAGGCUGGUAUGCAAGGACUGCAUACAAACUCUGGUCAAAUCAAGCGUCGACGAAGGCAGAAUAUCUAUCACUUGCCCUCACCCUGAAUGUGGGAAGCCGUUCAACAAGGACUACAUACUAGAGCACUCUGACCCUGACACCAAAGAAAAGUUUUACCGUUUCGUCGUAGACAUUGAAAACGACGGAAAGAAGAAGACGUGCCCUAAUUGCUGCGAGAUAACAGAGCACAGUCUACCAAGAAGAGCCAAGGAGGCCGACCUCAAAAUAAAAUGCAUCAGUUGCAAUCACGAGUGGUGCUUUAAAUGCCACGCACCAUGGCAUAAGGACAUUACUUGUAAAAAAUUUCAAAAAGGCAACAAGCAGUUUAAGCAGUGGACCAAAGGACGUAGCUCCCGUGGCGUAGCAAACUGCCAGAAAUGUCCAACUUGUUUUGUGUAUAUCCAACGCUCCUCGGGCUGUAACCACAUGACAUGCAAUCGCUGUGAGACUGAGUUCUGCUAUUACUGUGGAGACAGGUACCUGGAACUGGGUAUCAUAGAUCACGACUCUGCCCUCAACGUAUGGGGAUGCCCCAAUAAUUAUCAUCCCAAUGAUCCCGUUUUAAGGAAACUUGUCAGAGGCGGGUAUCUUGGAGCAAAGAUAUCCUACCUUGCUGGAAUGCCGAUACUUUUCGUGGGGGCAUGUGCUCUUCUGGUGAUUGGUGGAGCAAUAGUUUUACCGAUUUAUGGAGCAUUCAAGCUAUAUAAUCUCAUAAAAUUCAAGAGAGAGGCAAACAGAAGAAAGAGGAGACACUAAAAACUUUAAAAACUUCUCGUGUGAUUGACUUCUUUCCUCCUCUUCCUCUCUUUAUCACUUAUCCUUGUCUGUAAUUUGUGUAUUAGUGCUGCAUGUGUAUGUAUCUAUUCAUGAUUCAAAUUUGCUAAAAAAUUAUCUUUAUUUAACAUUAACUAUUCAUCAUUGAGGCACUCCUCCA